GUAUUUUCCUUAUUAAUGAUUCUUUAGGGUAAAAAUGGAGAAUAUAUUAGGAUUAGUGAUAUUAUUGUGGGCAUCGGUGGCCGGAGUGAUGUGCCAACAGAUUAUGCCCAAUCAGCCCAUAACGGACGCCAAUCAAGUGGGAGCGUCGCCCGUAUUCUACACCGAAGUGAUCGCCAAACAGUGCAUUGAUGUGAAUCAAGGAGUCGUCGGCCGCUCUUUUCCUACCGGACAGAGUGUCGAGAGUUUCAUAUCACUCGUCGAACUGUUGGAGACACUCAUCUACAACGGCACAGACCAGGCGCUCGUUCAGCACAUGGGCGCCGAGAAUGUGGCCCGACUUUUGCUCAGGAGAUUCCGGUUCGACGGCUACGACGACGCCCAGCCGUCGACACUGAAGAAGCAAAAAGAUCUGGAGUUCCAGAACUUCAAUAACGCAGUGCUGAAGAAAGGCGACGGCCAGACACUGCUCACCGGUUACUACUUUCCCGACCAGUAUUUCAAACUGGAAGAGCUCUGUUCGCUACACGACAUGCUCUCACAUAAUAUCUAUAACGUUAAAAUCCAGCGGCGAGUAUCAUAUGCGCAGGUUCCGAUCAAAGAAGAAGGAGUGGCCAGUCUUCGGGCCGACCGGAAAGAGGCCAUAGCCAUGGCUCGAGUGCUGUUGGGUGUGAUCGCCGGCCUAUCGAUGGACGCCCGGACGCAGGCGAGCGAUAUAUUGAAAUCGUGGGGAUCUAGCACUCAGAUGCAACCGGCUUACGAUCAACAGCUGGACCCCGUGGCCGCCAUGACUCUGGCCGACCUCUGGAGCAUUAAUUCCGCAAAAACCAAUAUUUACGACCAGUAUUUAUACGGAGUGACCGGACAGUGGGAGACCAGCACUUGUGCCACACAUUACGGCCUCGAAAACAUACCCGAAGAUAAGUUUAAGGACAUUGACCACUAUAUCCGGGCCACGAGGGCUGAGAUCAGGGGCGGUAUCGAUGGGUAUCUGAUCGGCACGAAUUUGCGUUCGCCCCAAUUCCACCUUGAUAACCCACAGAGCCUUAGGCUGAGCGCUAUUUUGCGCUCCUAUUACUCGAAGCCCAUUCAGCCCAAGUCGUCCACAUUCUCGGCCUCCGUGUGUGACCGCAAUCGUAUCGGUCAGGAGAUCCCAAAAAUCCAGGGCUACGCCACGACAUACCAAUCGAUCGUUGCCACCAGAAAUGGCGGCAAAUUGCCCGUCGAUUUGGACCAGAGGUUUUCGCAGGAGAUUCAAAACGCUGUCAGCGGCGCCGUGAGUAAUCGCCUCAUAAACGCGUCGACACGACAGCUAUUAUGCGAUCGCCGGGGGAUCCGGAGGUUGCGUGCGUUCGACACCCGAAACGCGAACCCUUUGCUCCCUAUGCUGUCCGCCAGAGGCAGAAAAGUAUGGACACCGAGUGGUGGCUGUUGUGGCGGUUUCCAAGUGGCGGACACUCGCACCCGACUCCUGGCCUCAUAUAUGGCGCACAACCAGACA